AUGGGCCCCUGGGACAAACGAGAUGCCAGUCAGUGGGACCAGGACUACCUGCUGGGAAUAAAGCGGAUCCGGAGACUGUACUGUAACGUGGGCAUCGGCUUCCACCUGCAGGUGUCUCCCAACGGACAGAUCACAGGAGCUCACGAUGAGGGCCCUUACACGCAGGUGGAGAUCUCGCCCGUGUCCAGAGGCGUCGUGACUUUAUUUGGAGUGAGGAGCGGUUUGUUCAUCGCCAUGAGCCCCCGCGGGAAACUCUACGGUUCUGACCACUACCAGGAGGAAUGUAACUUCAAAGAAAAACUUCAAGCCAACAACUACAACACGUACGAGUCGGCAGCACAUCCGGGAAUGUACAUCGGCAUCGGAAAAACCGGGAAGACCAAGAGAGGCAACCGCGUGGCCCCCACCAUGUCCAUGACACACUUCCUGCCACGAGUAUGA